AUGGCGAUGGCGUCGAAGACGAACACAGUGUUUGCCUAUACGGUGGUUUACGUGAAGGAUGUUGCGAAAUCCACAACCUUCUAUUCCAAAGCCUUCGGCUACGAUAUUCGUCGCUUGGACGACUCCAACAGGUGGGGGGAGUUGGAAAGUGGGCAAACGACAAUAGCAUUCACACCGCUACACCAGCACGAGACUGAUGAUCUAACAGGUGCCGUCAAGACCCCAAGCUCCGGCCACGAGAGGCAGCCGAUUGAGGUUUGCUUUGCGUACGGUGACGUUGAUGCUGCCUAUAAGAAGGCGGUGGAGAACGGGGCGGUUCCGGUGAGCGAGCCGGAAGAGAAAGAGUGGGGACAGAAAGUGGGUUACGUAAGAGAUCUUGAUGGGAUCGUGGUGAGGUUGGGAAGCUAUGUCAAUCCACCAACAAAGCACUGAUCCUGUUUCUGAGAUAAUCAUGAAUAAAUGAAUUUAUAAUGUUUUUUUUUUCCCAGUUUGACGUUGAAAAGUUUAAUAAAAGGGGUAAGUGGAGUUUAA